GAACUAUAACUGUGUACUAAGAGCAUGUGUGAUGUUUCUGGCCUAUCUUAAUACAUGGUCUUUACUCUAAUAGAGGACUUGAAGUGGUGAUGUCUGGGGAAGUUAUUUACUCGAAUGUGACAUUCAUCCAGAAUCAGAAGCAAGCUGCUGGGGCAAAAGGAUGUGUUUUUGGUAAAGCACUGGAACUCGAGGAGAAUGUAACAUACUCUGAGAUCACAAUAGGAGCUGGAAAACAGGGCAAUGUUCAGACAGAAAGCACUUGCCCUGAUAUCCCCGCUCCACCAGUGGAGUCAAAGAUUUUUAUUCCAGAAGGAAGGUUUCGGAGAGUUGUUUUGGUGACCCUGGUGUGUUUAUGUGUUAUAUUGUUGGUCCUGACCAUCACUCUGGGACUUCUCUAUGCUUUAAACAAGAUUCAUCUGAAAGCUGAGCAGGUCCGGAUUAAGGAAUAUCUAAGAAUCCAGAAAGAACAGUCAUCUGAGCUCCAUCACAUUGAGAGGAACCUUUCUGCAGUCAAUGAUCUCCUGGCAAAAGCCCAAGAUGAAAAAAAGUGGUUAUCUUCAGAACUGGAAAACAACACAAGGAACAUUACUGCACUCAACAAUCUUCUGAAAAGUGCCCAAGCGAGACGAUGUGCCUCUGGCUGGGAGUUCUACAAUGGAUCAUGCUACCACUUCUCUGAAGUCAAACUGACCUGGGAACUGAGUCAAUAUGCCUGCAUCCGUGAUGGAGGACACCUGGUCAUUAUAGAGAGUCACCAGGAGCAGGACUUUAUUAGAAUGAAGGUGGGAAACACUGACAUUAAAAACAGCUACUGGAUUGGAAUGACAGACAUGAAGGAGGAGGGAGUUUGGGUCUGGAUGGACAAUACAACCCUUAGUAACAACACCAAGUACUGGGAUCUAAACAAUGGAACAGAUGUCAGUGCCUAUCCAGAACCAAAUAACUGGGAGUCAAGUGAAGACUGUGCCCAAAUGGGUGUGCGCUGUUCUGAUCAAAUCAGUUGUUGGUUUGACUAUGGAUGUAAUAUACCAUCCAAAAGCAUCUGUGAGAGUCGGUCAAUUAAAUAAUAAUCCUGACAAAUAAAAUCCUUUACAUCU